AUGGAGACUCGUGAUCCAAAGAGAAGAAGGGUAGCCUGUAGCAGUUGGUCGCACCUUCCGACCGACAUCCUCAUCGAUGUCGCUUCCAAGCACGUGACCUCCGCCGCCACCUACACCACCCUCCGCAGCGUGUGCCGGAGUUGGAGAGCCGCGCUCCCCGCCACCGUGCCCCGUCCGCACCGCCUCCCCCCGCAGCUCCCCUUCCUCCUCCGCUUUCCCCACAGCCCUCAUAAUCCCGCCGGUCAGGCCUUCUCCCUCACCGCCAAUCGCACCUUUACCCUCCGCCACCUCGCCGACGCCCAUGAGAGCGUCUGCGUUGGCUCCUGCUACGGAUGGCUCCUCCUUCUCGACCCCGGGUACAACCUCAUCCUCCGCAACCCCUUCACGGGCGACACGAUCCGCCUUCCGCCCUUGCCCAUGUCCGCUAUUUGCAGCCACAAAGAUAAGCUGCCGCCCGAUCAACGCUUAAUUGUCUACCGAGCCAUCUUAUCAUCCGACCCUUCUGCCGACCGCGACUUCUUGGUAGUCCUCUUCACCACCACAUCGGUAUUCCGCUGCUGCACCUGGCAGAAUGGCGACAAUUUCUGGACUGUCCGCGAGCCCCCCUCAUUUUACUUCGACGAUAUCAUAUUCUAUGAAGACCGCCGCUGCAUUGCCAUUACCUAUAAAGGAGGUUGUAUGAUCUUCGACUUCGCCACGGCCAAUGGUGGCGACGGCUUCUUCACAAAAGUGCCCGACUUGCCGGUUUUGGGAUCACUGUUCUUGGUCGAAUCAGCAGGGAAUGAGUGGCUCGUUGUGGUAAGGACUACUACCUCACGAGAAGACGAAGUUGAGAUUUUUAGGCUCGACUUGAGCGGAUUGCCGGAUGAGAUAACAGCGGUGUCCGAAUGCGGUGAUCUCGGCGGCCAGAUCUUGUUCUUGGAGAAAGGCAACUCGAUGUCGGUUGCGUCGACGCAUUUCCCUGGAUUCGAAGGCGAUAGCAUCUACUUCACGAAAAUGAAGCGGCCUAUUUUGACAUCUUCGCGUGAUAACUCCACCGUGAUCAUAUGGAAGUGCCAGAUCAAGAACGGCAUCGCGCACCCGUGCAGUGUUGAGUUUGAGUGCGGAGUGUAUUCUCUGUGGCCGAAGUUUUGGUGGCUUCCUCCGAAUAUCCACGAGAAAUUGGGUGAGUGAAGCCAUUUUUUUUCCAUUGUGUUUUGCCACGGUUCCGAGGUCGAACACCUUACGGGUGUGGCCUUUCUCUACAUGUUCGGCAAUUUGCCUCUGAGAUCUUUUGUUUUUCUUGCUCUGGGAGAAAAUGGUUUCUAAAAGUGUAAUCACAGGUGUUGGAGCAAAUGAGUUGGUGGAAAUGUCAUGUUCUUGGAUGGAAAAAGAUCACAUUAGUCACCACUCCUCGUCGUACGAGAAAGUC